AUGCUUCUCUUCCUCCAUUUAAACUCUGUCUUUGUCCUCUCUCUUGUUCCUUUUCUUGCCACUCAAGGUACCGCUGAUUCAGCCUUCGACGGCGACACUCCUGCUGGCCGUCGGGAACGAAAAACUUGGUCACCAGCGGACGAUGUGUUGCUGAUCAGCUCGUGGUUAAACACGAGCAAAGAUCCAGUUGUUAGCACCGAGCAAAAGUCAGGCGCUUUCUGGACAAGAAUAGCAGCCUACUUUGCUGCAAGUCGUCAAGAUGGUGGCUCCGACCAGAGAGGGGCUAGUCAUUGCAAGCACCGUUGGCAGAAGAUCAAUGAUCUCGUCUGCAAAUUCUGUGGAGCCUAUGAAGCUGCAAAGAGAGAGAAGACAUCGGGUCAAAACGAAAAUGAUAAGGAACUGAGGCACGACCAGAAGUGGUGUGAGCUUUCAACUGCUAAGAAUGAAGGAACCUCUAAAAAAAGAAAGGGCGAGGACGGUGGUGAUUCUUCAACAUCUCAAGCAGAUUCUAAGAAGCGUCCACCAGGUGUUAAAGCCUCAAAGGCGAGUGGUAAGCAGACGGUUGAUCAAGAGAAGCAAGUGAAGGAGUUUGAGAGGAUUUGGACAAUCAAGCAGAAGGAAAUUGAUGCUAAGGAACGCCUGACUAAGAUGAGCCUGCUUGAUAGUCUUAUUGGAAAAAAAGAGCCUUUGGCUGAGUAUGAAGAGUCCCUUAAGAAAAAACUAAUCAAUGAAUUGUUCUGA